AUAUGAAGGAGAAGCUAUUCAGUAUGAUGUAAACUCGAUGUAUAUAUUUGAAAUGUUAAAGAAAGAGGUGUCAUGGCCAAUUGCAUCAGGAAUUUAUACGCAUUAUGAUUUAGAAUGUGUCAAAAGAAAUGGUUUAAAAAUAUAUUUAAUAAAUGAAACACCAAAUGCACUUAUAUAUGAAAAAAAUACACGUAUUACAGGAAGUGAUAUGUUUGGAAAAUGGGAUAAUAUACUAUAUAACAUUAAGAAAGAAGGUGGAACAGCAGGAAAAGUAACUCAUUCAAGAAUCAAACCAUUUCUAUUGGCAUCAGUCAGAAAAAGAAUAUCAGAAAUUGUGGGACCAUUAGGUAAUCAAGUAAAGCGUAUUCAUACGGAUGGAUUUAUACUAACAGGACAAGUAAAUCUCAAAACAGAUAUAGAAAUGGACAAGUUAAAACUUGAGAAGAGAGGAGUUUGUAUGAUAAAAAAUUGUAUAUCAAUUACUCGGAAACCUUUAUAUCCUGAAAUUUCAAAUUUGAUUACAAAUAGUUUAUCAGAUUUUAGAAAAAAACGACAAGAUAAAGAGCAAAAUACUGAGAUAACUAUAAAAAGGAAAUCACUAAAAAGAUAUGAUCUAAAUCUUCCAAAUGAAAUUAUAAUAAAAAUAUUUUAA